AUGGCGAGAGUACUAGUCUCUUCCUUGUUUUUGUUCUUAGCCAUAGCCAUUAUUCAAGCUACACCAGAGUUAGGUUUAUCAAACGACCAUAAUGCAUUGGAAAGCAUGAUAUUCGACACUGACGGUCUUAAUCGCAAGAGCUUUCCAGAAGGAUUUGUAUUCGGAACUGCAACCUCUGCUUACCAGGUUGAGGGAAUGACCGAUAAGGCCGGUCGUGGUCCAUGCAUAUGGGAUAUAUUUGUAAAGCAACCAGGGAUUAUGGAAAACGGUGCUAAUGCUGACAUUACAGUCGAUCAGUAUCAUCGAUACAAGGAGGAUAUUGAUUUAUUGGCUAAACUCAACUUUGAUGCCUAUCGAUUUUCAAUAUCUUGGUCGAGAAUAUUUCCAAAUGGCACGGGAGAGGUUAAUGCAGCUGGAGUUGACUACUAUAAUAGAUUAAUUGAUUACAUGCUUGAAAAAGGUAUCACACCUUUUGCGAAUCUUUAUCACUACGAUCUUCCUCAAGCUCUUGAAGAUAGAUAUUUGGGUUGGCUUGACCGUCAAGUAGUGACUGACUAUGCUGAUUAUGCGGAAUUUUGUUUUAAAACAUUUGGUGACCGGGUAAAACAAUGGAUGACCUUCAACGAGCCUAAAGUUAUUGCUCAAUAUGGAUACGGUGACGGCUUACAUGCUCCGGGAAGGUGCUCCAAGGAGUAUGGAAACUGUACUGCAGGAAAUUCCGCAACUGAAUCGUAUAUUGUUGGCCAUAAUUUGUUAUUGUCUCAUGGAGCUGCAGUAAAAAGAUAUCGAGAAAAAUAUCAAGAACAACAAAAGGGAAGAAUUGGUAUUGUAUGUGAUUUUCAUUGGUACGAACCAUUAACGAGAGGAAAAGCUGACAACUAUGCGGCUCAAAGAGCUAGAGAUUUUCAUCUUGGAUGGUUUCUUCAUCCCAUAACUUAUGGUGAAUAUCCAAGGACUAUGCAAGAAAUUGUUGGCGACCGAUUACCUAAUAUUACAGAGGAGGACAGAAAAUUGAUCCAAGGAUCUACCGAUUUUGUUGGAAUUAACCAUUACACAACUUAUUAUAUGUAUUUUGAUCGUAACCAACCUGAACCAGAAGUGCCAAGUUAUCAGACCGAUUGGCAUGCUUCCUAUGCAGGUGAAAAAAACGGAAUACCACUUGGUCCUAAGGCAAAUUCGGAUUGGCUGCGUGUCGUGCCAUGGGGCAUUUAUAAAGCAAUGAUGUACGUAAGAGAGCGUUAUGGACAACAUAGCAUUAUCUUAUCCGAGAGUGGAAUGGAUGAUCCCGGUAAUUUCACAAUUACUCAAGGCACAAAUGACAUUAUGAGAAUUAAUUAUUUCAAGUCAUAUUUAAGGGAAUUGAAAAAAUCAAUUGACGAUGGAGCAAGGGUGGAAGGCUAUUAUGCUUGGUCAUUAGUUGACAACUUCGAAUGGAGGGAGGGUUACACAUCAAGAUUUGGCAUCACAUAUAUCGACUAUAACACUCUUGCCCGAUAUCCGAAGAUGUCAGCUUACUGGUUUAAAGAAUUCUGCAAAAAAACUUAA